UCACUACUCGGUUUGGUACUCGGCUGAAUUGAGGCUAGAAUCACUCUACUUUGUUAAACCUUUGGUUUCUUAUUGAAAUUAGGCCCCUUUCUUGAACGUACUCGAUGCCUGUCAUGGUCUUUCUUUAACAUUAACUCCAGCUGUCGGGCAACAGCAAGCCGAGCGUUGUAAAAAGUGGAUAUUUAUUUUAAGCAUACACUGCUCGGAUAUUAUAUUUACGCCGGAUGUAUUAGGUGUCUCCUUACGAGGUGGAGGAAAUGGUAAAAACGCUAUUAAUUGUAUGUAAUUUUGCUGGUCUGACAGGACGUCUGUUUACGGUUUGGACAAAAAACUGAAAUAAUCCUCCGUCCCUGUCCAACACUGAAGACUUUGUCUGACAGACUGUCACGUCUUCAGCCAAGAAGACAGAGUUUCUGUUUCUCUUGAUAUUUUCUGCCUUCAAGUUGACUUUUAAUAUCUUUUAAUUCAUAACGAGGGUUCUGACCUGUGCUGGAAACUGGCGCGUUUGUUUUUGUGUAAGUCUCAGCAGGUGGCAUGCACACUGACAGAUAACUGGUCUCUGCCUAAAAGGACAGGAGGUCAUCGGGGUCUCCUGUUGGCCAUGUUAAAGCUCCAGCUGCUGCCUGCCACCUCCUCCAUCACGCCUCCGUCUUAAACCAGCGUUUUUGAAGUUUGUGAACGAAGCAAACCUCCUGACACUGAGGCUUUGUUUCUCUGAUGACGGCCUCAGUUUCUUGACUUAUUUUUUCUACAGUUGUUGUUUGCGUAUAUACGGAGUUAGCGUGUGUUCUGGGAAGCUGUUGGGCCUUGUUUCUCCGGCGUUGAUCAGUCGAUCAGCUGACGAUGGCCGAGUCCAGCUCGGAGCCGGCGGCGGCUGCAGACCUGCUGAUCGAACCGACUCUCAACGCAGAAACCGUCUCCAAAGAACUGAUCGUAGCCACAGCGAUGGAGGUGCCGGGCGGAACACCAGGGUCGGACAUCGGUGCCGAGGUCCCGAGCAGCAACGGGGACGCCGACAGUCCUGUACCCGCCAAAGCCCUGAAGGAAGAGGAAGCCAUGCCCAUGCCGCCACAGUCCUUGCCGCUGUCGUCUGGAAACGGGACGGUAACCACCGUCGCAGCAGAAGAAAAAACGGUGUCAGCUCUGCUCAGACACAUUGAGACUGAAGGGGGACAGGACAGAGGAGGAGACCCAGGACUGGACCUGGACCUGGAGGACAGCUCGUCUAUAGCGACGGCAGGCGGUUCAGAGGACCAGCGGGAGUCCACAGACUCGGCGUCCUUCUCCAUCCCCAGUCUGGAGCUGUCAGAUGGGGUCACAGCCACAGGAAACUCCCUGGACGUGGAGGAUGGCCUGUCCUCGUCCUUCUCUGCUCUGGGCGCGGAGGGCUGCUCUCCGUCCGCUGAGGUCCCCGGUCUGAAGGACACCGAGACGCCGGAAGCUGCAGGUGGCGCUGUUGCUGCAGCAGCUGCUCCUCCUGCCGCCGCCGCCGCCGCCGCCUCAGCGGCCGCAGCUCCGGAGCCUGGGCCGUCCAUGCCGGUGUAUUACCUGGUGAAGUGGAUCACCUGGAAGGAGAAGAAGACUCCCAUCAUCACGCAGAGUGAGAACGGACCCUGCCCCCUGCUGGCCAUCAUGAACACACUCUUUCUACGCUGGAAGGCUAAGCUUCCUGCUCAGACUGAAGUGGUCACCACUGAGGACCUGAUGGCUCACCUGGGAGAGUGUGUGUUGUCUGUCACACCCAGAGAGAAAGCUGAUGGGAUGGAGCUCAACUUCCAACAGAACAUGAGCGAUGCCAUGGCGGUCCUCCCUAAGCUCUCCACAGGUCUGGAUGUUAACGUACGUUUCACUGGAGUGACAGAUUUUGAAUACACACCUGAGUGUAUCGUGUUCGACCUGCUGGACAUUGCACUGUACCACGGCUGGCUGGUCGACCCACAGAGUCCAGAGAUGGUGGCCGCCGUGGGGAAACUGAGUUACAACCAGCUGGUGGAGAAAAUCAUUGACUACAAACACUCUGCUGACAGCAGCCGAGUCAGUGAAGGCCUGGUAGCGGAGCAGUUCCUGGAGUCCACAGCGACUCAGUUGUCGUAUCAUGGUCUGUGCGAACUCAACACGACGGCCAAAGAGGGAGAAAUAUCCGUGUUCUUCAGAAACAACCACUUCAGUACCAUGAUCAAACACAAGGGUCACCUCUACCUGCUGGUGACAGAUCAGGGUUUCCUGCAGGAGGAGGGUUUGGUCUGGGAGUCUCUUCAUAACGUUGAGGGCGACGGAAACUUCUGUGACUCUGACUUCAGACUGUGUCACCAGAGAGCUCCGCCCACCUCCAACCUGCCCCCCUCCGCCCAGGACCAGCAGAGACAGAUUGACCAGGACUACCUGGUGGCGGUGUCCCUGCAGCAGCAGCAGGGCGGGGCCCCGGGGCCCCUCAGUGACCUGGAGCUGGCCCGACAGCUCCAACAGGAGGAAUACCAGCAACAGCAGCAGCUCCAGCAGCAGCAGCAGCAGCAGCAGCAGCAGGGAUCGGUGCCGGCAGCACAGCAGGUCAGAGGUCAAGGGUCACAGCAAGCCAGGCGGAGAGACAAGGACUCGGACUGUGUCCUCCUAUAGACUCUUCAUCAUCUUCAUCCUCCGUAACACCAAACACCCACACGCAGACACACACAGUCAGCUCGAUGCCAAACCCCAGUGCUUUGUCCAACCGGUGACACUUUGGAAUUCCAGGUUUUGGAAAGUUUGUAAAUUUGUAAGAAAUGACUAUGGAGUCUGGUAGAACACACAGGUACAACUGUCUAACAAGUCAGUCUUGAUAAAGGGUUUAUGAAAUACAGCUAGUGUCUUUAUUAAUCGUCAAGAAAAUCAUUUACCAAUAUUUAAGUGAUCAGUUAUAAACCAUUCGUGAGAUAAAUUCGUAGGUUGUCAGGUUGUGAAAAAAGUCUCGCGUGGAGCAGAAACUAUGAAUCUUCGACAAAGAAAAUUAAACCGUUUUGCUAAUUGAUUAAUCGUUUCAAUCGUUUUACGCAGAAGUGGUGAAUAAUGCGUAACGUCCUCGUCCCAGCCUCGUCUGCAGCCUAACACGGAUCAGAUUGAAUAAUCAGAGGUCGUGCUGGUCCAGUCAUUAACAGAAUAAUUACAUAAAGUUAAACUUUCUGUUGAGCCAUCGGCAGAAGUGAACGAGUCAGUGACUAACGGUCCUUGUAGAAAUCCACGAGGUCUGUGGUUUAGAAAUUAAUCAGUAGUUACACAAAUAGAUUUUGACGAACUGAGGAGAUAAAGUAAAAUUCCCGUUGGAGGAUAAACACAAGUUUUUCUAAAACGCUUUAUGACUGAUCUGUAAAGCUUUGAUAAAUGAUUAACUAACCAUUAAUGAAGCCAUUAGUUGGAACUUUUGACUUACGAGACAGUGGCACCAAAAGAUGAUGAAGGUAAAUCUGUUAAUUUAAUCUGUCAUCCGUACUUUACUGACCUGAAUGGCCUGAAACUCUUCUCCGACGGGUCCAGUUUCAGCACAAGAGGCCACGUUACUGCAUCAUUUCCUUUUUCUUGGCAACGUUUUGCCGUAGAAAUGACCCCGAACCAAAAUGCAUUUAUGAAGGUAAAAGAAAAUCGGGGUUUCUGCGGAUUCACACCUCGAUAUUUCACAAUGCUGAGUCCAAUUUAGACGUUUCCAUCCCGUCUGAAAGCUCCACCACAGCAAACAACAUCAGAGACUUCCUGUUGUUGUUAUGUGACGACCUCUGGUGAAAUCGAUCCUUUUCCAAUAAUCGGCUUCGCUGCAGAUGAAACUAAACUUAAAACCAGGACGUCAGCAGAGACCAGCGUGUCCAAGAGGUAACGAUGGGUUUGUCAUAAAACCCAGAGUCAAUACAAAACUCCCACCAGAUUUCCACCGGUUUCUGUUUCCCGGCGGGGUUUUAAAUAAGGCUGAAGUUUAGCGUGACUGUCGAUCUCAGCCGGAGGUGGUGAAGCUGCCGAUUGAAGCGGCAGCGUCGGAUCCAUUACAGGACACAGGGAGCGGCUUUGUUCUCAGGUCCACGAUUUACUGUGACACGAACGAUGUAAUCUGGAACCAGCCGCAGGGAGGCUCCCUUUAAACCCGCGUAGCCAGUCGGUCGCCAUUCAUUUCCCACUGGAAACUGAGACCGGGAACCUUUCGGCCUCGGGUACUUCAGACUUGUAGUCAUGGCAGCGAAAGGCCUCACCUUUGCCGUCGAAUCCGAAUGGAUCAGAGCGCCGGCGUAUCCAACGAACACCCGCGUCUUUAAUUCCGUCGAAGCGGAAACGCCGCCGUCUUCUCUCCGGCUUUGAGCGGCGGUUGGGAUCGGAAAUAAAAAAACGACAGCGCUGCUCUUAAGCCGACAGUCUGCUGAAUUGACAGGAAGUGAACCCGGAACUCUCACGACAGUCGGCACCAAAUGAGAUCGAUCAUAAAACGUUGCCAAAUCUAAACCUUAAACCAGAAGCCGGACUGAGACUUCGUCGGAGCUGUUGUCGUGCUUCAGGCUAAAAUGACCUUUUUGCUCAUUCUGAGUUUCAUUUGCGUUUGAUUGAACGGCUGUUAAAUCGCGGCGGGACGUCUUUUGUCUUUCCAUGUUUGUGCCAGUAUGAACCUUUUUUCAUUCUGACACUAAACCAAACGAUUUUUUCUAAACCUUUGCUGAGUACAAACACAUUUUUCUACAAAAACAACGACCAGAUCCACCGACCUCGUUCACUGCUCCGGUCACAGCUGCGCGAACACAUUUCCCGAAGAAAACGGAGGAAAAAAAGAACGAAGCGGCGACCGAAAUGAAAAGUUUCACAGCUUCACCGCCAACUCGCGGCGCUCCUCCGUCCUCAGUCACAGGUGCGAUACCUGGUCGUCGCGGUGACGUGCGUGUCGACCGCAGAACUUAUUUCUUUUGGUCCAGAACGCGGCAGAACGUUGAUCCGUAUGGAAGCCCGACGCUGCCAGGAAAAUAAACAAAUACACGAAAUGAAACAGGAAAGAAAGAGAGAAAAACGUUGGACGACAUUUUAGUUUUCAUUUCUCGUAAUCUGGAUUUGAAACGUGAGCUCUUUGACACCAAGUGGUUCAUUUCAACGAUCUCUCAUUUAUGAUCAUCUCGUGAUUAUCGUGGUUUUGUCACAAAUGAUCUCAGAUCUGUGACUUCGUACCUGAUGAUUCUCUGUUAAUAAGCACAUUUUGACUCAUGUAGCAUCUGGUAAUUUUAGCUUAAUAAAUCCAAACGUUGACUUAUUUUUCUAUCUGUGACUUGAUAUAUAAUCAUUUUGACUUACGUCCGGAUAUUUAGGAUAUUUAUCUUAUAAUUUUUGAUUGAGUCCGAAUUCUAACUUACUGCAUUUAUGUGACUUCAUGUCUCCUAAUUUGGAUUUGAUAACUCAAAUAAAUUACAAAUGAUCUCAGACUCUUUAUCUUGUAAUUUUGUCCAAUGUCAGAUUUCUUCUGACUUUGUAUCUAAUAAUUUUGUAGUAUUAAGUCAAAUUUUGACUUCUUAUCUGUAUUUAUGACUUAAUGUCUGAAAAUUUUGUCUUAAGUCAAAAUGUUACUUAACUUGAUCCUAUAAACGACUUAUUAUCUAUAAAACUCUUCAUUUUGAUUUAACGACUCAAACAAUUGACUCAUUAUCUCAUUUCUGACUCCGUCUCCUAAUUUCGAUCCAGUAUCUCAAAAUCUUGUCUUUUUUGUAUCAAUGACUUAUUGCCUAAAAAUUACGACUUAGAACGUAAGACUUCAGACUUACGAUCUCUGUUUCCUUUCACAUUGUCAUCUCUUUUUUUGUUUCUUUUCUUUCCUGGCGGCUUCAAGCUUCUGUACCUUUUUAAAUCUGUCGUGGAAACAAACUAGAACCGUCGCUUCAUCGCUCUGGUGCCGUCACGACUCAAAAAGACAAACUGAAAUAAAAGCGUCUGAGGACUAAAUCCAUGUUAAUUCUGCUGCUGACUCUCAGGCGUUUAACUGUUUGGUCCUGGGGUUUUUUUUCCUCCUUCGAACCAACAAAAACCAGGACCAGGUUUUGGUCUCCGAAGUGAAUCAAAAACCCCCUGUUCAUGGAAAUCCUGGAAAAUUCAGUAACGCAGUCCUGAUCUAAAACGACUCCUGAUUAAAGCAGUUAACGUCUUACACUGAGAAAUAACAGUCAGAUGCCGUGGACCGGUUCCACGGACCCCCAAAGAAGAUCUAGCACCUGAGACGUUCCCAUCAUGCCUCUGUGUUUUUUCCUUGGGAGCGAUUCUUGACACCGAGCUUCAGUCCGACUGCUCGCCGCUGCCGUGCUCUGUUGAAGCUUUGUAUUUAAUUUGUCACGAUGUCAACCUGUCAGUAAACACAAACUCAAACUCUGA